UUGUAAACACAAACUUCAAUUUCAUUAUUUAGUUUCGUUUUUGAUAUUUUGUAAAGAUACACGCUAUAUAUUGUUUUAACAUUGGCAACUAGGCUAGAUUGCACUUUACCGGUACGCAGUUGUUUACCACUAACGACAAAGCGGGAGUUUGGGGGCGGUAGCCCCCGAUAAUAUGUUACAAAGGAAAUAUACGAUAAAAAGGAUUGUUAGGUGUUGCGGGUUAGGGUACGCUUUUCCGUUUUUUACGUACCGGUAAAGUGCCAUUCCCCGCCAACUAAAACACUGAUGUUUAACAUGCAUGGUAAAUGCAACUCCAGUUCAUUAAUGGAACGUCUGAUUGGUGUUUGCCAGAAGGCAUGGAUCUGGAACUUUUGUUGAGUUGUGACAUCUGUGGUGAUGGCCACUCCACGGAGCUGUGUCCAGAGCUUGGCCUUGAUCACAUGGCCUUUCAGAUGCACCAGUUAUCAACUAGAGCUCGCCUCACGUUGCCACAUAAUCUGGAGAUUGUCGACUCCAAGGACGGACAGGUGACUGUGGUUGCCAAGGAGCACAUAGCCAGAAAGACCCAGAUGGGCCCGUAUGAAGCCAAACGAACUACACAUAUAUUUGAUGACGCAGGAUAUUUCACUCUCAAGGUACUGGCAUCUGAUGGCACCAAUGUGUGUCUGGAUACGACAGAUGAGAAUGAGUGCAACUGGCUGUGCCUGGUACAAGCUGCAACCUGUCUACAGCAGCAGAACUGUAUAGCCUACCAGCUGGGACCCAACAUCUUCUACAAUACCAUCAGGGAUAUACAGCCUAGGGAGGAACUGCGGGUGUGGUAUGCAACUAACUUCGCUAGAAAACUGGGCAAGCCUACAGAACCAGAUAACAUCUCCAGAGUGUUGCUGGGUCACCGCAUAGAGCCACUGCAUCAUGAUAUGGUAGUAGAAGAGACAUUCCUGUCUCCAGAAGAUGUGUUUGAGGAUGAAUCAGCGGUGGAAGAUCCCAACAGUACCGAGCCACCUAUUGCCAAGGAUGUAGGUGGUAGUGCAGCUCAGAGUCUUCCUAAGGGGAAGAUUAUCAAGGGUGUCUACUGCCCUCGCUGCGGUCACACGUUUGCCACGCAAGCAGAAAUGGUUCAACAUCUCCGCGUGCAUGUCAAGGCAGCCAUUUCUGCAUCCAAUGUUAACAAGAGACCACCUGGUCGACCCCGAAAGCAUCCUUUAAAAGAAUCCACUCCCCAUAGUGGUGUGAAAAAGAGAGGCCGGGGAAGGCCUUCUGUGAAAGGAGUUGUACUGUACUCCAAAACAAUCAGCAAUAAAAGAGAAAGGAAUUCAGAGAAUGGUUCAAGUGAUGAGGAUGACCUUGACCCUGAUGAUGACCCAGAUCAUGAGUUCUCACCACAAGAGUCAUGCACUGUGACCCCAGUGAGGUCAAACCCCAGACGAAGCACAAGGGGCAAACGCAGCAAGCUUGAUUCGGAUUAUGUGUACACUCUCAACACAAAAGAAGAAAAAGAAGAUGACCUAGAAGGUUUAGAUGAUGAAGGGGAUGCUAAUGAGAAAGACGAAACUGCUAUCCACAAUAAAACUAGUGCUGUCAAAACAGGUGCUAAACGAGGUCGUGGAAGACCAAGAAAAGUAAGAGCUGAUGAUCAGAUGGUAUCUGAAUAUACAAACGAGGCUACAGUGACUGAUAAUGCAACAGAUGGUGUGGAACAGGAAAAUGCAGAUAGUCUGAAUGAAGUGUCCCACACAUACAAAAAUGGUGUGGUAGGAGACAGAACUUUAAUAGUGGUCAAUCUGGAGGAAUCCAAGAAAAGUUUUGGAGGGAAUAGUGAGGUUUUUAGUAUUGUAGUGGAAAAUGGCAAACAUUCUUAUGAUGCAUCUUAUGGUGGGGGUAAUGUUCUAGAAGCAACAAAACAUGAGAAUGAUCAUAUUGCAGUUGGAAUUAAACAGACAAGUGUAAAUAUUAAAGAUGAAUUGGACAAAAACGGACUUGAAAGUUUUGAUACCGCUGAUGAUAUAAAUAAUGAGCUUUCUACUGGAGAGGUUCACAAAGACACAUUCAAAGGGCAAACUGCAGAUUUAGCAGAUGAAAAUACAGAAACACCACAUAAUUCAGUUUACAAAAUUGAAAUUAAUAUAGAAAAUAGUGAUAAUCCAACCUCCAGUGACCAAAUAGAAAAAAGUACAGGAGAAAGUAAUCAAAACAACAUUACCAUGAUGGACGACACACAACAUUUGCCAAGUGAUAACCAGCCAACAUUGCAAUCUGUUGAUGAAAAUUAUCCAACGCACAAAGACUCUGAAGACACUGGUCCAGAAUCUACUGACACACAAGUGGAAGCAAUUAAGGAGCCUGAGGUGACCACUGCGGAUAGUGAGUCACUGGUGAACAUGUUCGAGGAGACCGGCGACAACCUAUUCAUGUGCGUCCUCUGUGAUGAAUCAUUCCCAACAGAUGCCAGCGUAAACGAACACAUCAUGAGACACAACGAGGGGGACAGAGGGGCGUGCAAAUACUGCGGCACGGAGUUGUCCGCUCUGAGGGAUGUUCUGGAGCACAGAAAGGACUGCAAGGUGCUUGUGGUCAAGUUUGAGUGUGAUAUCUGCCAGCAGGCCUUUAAAUCGGCCCACUAUCUGUACAGGCAUAUGGUGAUGCACACUGACACGUUUAUCUGUAGGAAAUGCAGGAAGACGUUCUCGAGGAAAGAUUCCUUGCAGAAGCAUGUUUUAAAGUGCUGCCCGGCUUUUGCGAAGGACUAUAAGAUCCACUACUGCGAGGUGUGUCAUCGCGUUUUCUCCACAGCACCAGGGCUGAGCAGGCACUCAGAGAAGUGCAAGUCUGUAGGAUGCAGCACCUGCAGCAAGAUCUUUGUCACAAAGGAUGACCUCAACAUACACAAAUGUCACCACACAGCAAAUAAAGAUGAGUCCGCUCGCUACUCCUGUGGGCAGUGCUCCAAGUGCUUCCAGUCCAUGUACUACCUCCAGCAGCACCGACUUAUACACAAGAACAUGCACUCCUGUGACAAGUGUGGCCGUAACCUUGCCAACAAGGACGACCUUGAAACACACAGACUGCUGUGUGAAACACUGGAGUCUAUCCGGCUGUUUGGUAGUGGGAGAUGCGGGCAGUGUGAGGUGGAGUUCAGCAACGGCAAGGCGUUCAGGGAGCACCACCUCUCACAUACACAUCAGUACCAGUGUGACAAGUGCCUGAAGAGAUUUAUAAAGAUUGGCACCUUAACCAAUCACGAUUGUCAAGGAGCUUCCACAGAGUUUGUGUGCUCAGCCUGCAAACGAGGCUUUAAAACCUCAGAAACCCUCGAGAAACAUGUGAAUGAGGCGGAAUGCAUGAACUACGCCUGCUCUGCCUGCGAUCAACAGUUCCACCUCAAGAGCCACGGCAGAGACCACAUGGAGUCGUGUACUGGCGUGUUUUCACCGGACGAUCCACCAGUUCUUAGAAAAAUCAAUGAGGAGAGUUUUAUAUGCCAGCAGUGUGGAAAGUCCUUCUCCACGAAGAGCAACCUGACUAAGCACAUUUUGCUGCACGGCGAUAAACAGCACAAGUGUCCGUACUGUGAGAAAGCCUUCCACUUGGACAUCUACCUCAAAGAGCACCUAUCCGGUGUGCAUCUGAAUCACUUCAAGUAUCAGUGCAACGAUUGUGGACGCAUGAUGAAGUCCAAGACUGGCUUCAAUGAGCAUGUACGAGUGUUUCACACUAAAAAUGCUCAGGUGUACACCUGCCCAGAAUGUAAUAAGCAGUUCAAACAGAGAGGUAACCUUCGCUCACACAUGUUUUCCCAUUCGGAAGAGCGUAAAUUUGCCUGUGACAUUUGUUUAAAAUCUUUCAAAUAUCCUGAUCAGUUGAGUAGACAUAAACUGGAGCACAGAUCAACUGUUAAGUUCUCAUGCAUAAUAUGUAACAAGAACUUUUUCCGUAAUACGGAACUGAAGAAGCAUAUUGAACUCUACCAUAGUGGCUUAGUGUAUGUGUGUGGCGUGUGCAAUGCUAGAUGUGGGCAUAGACAUACGCUGGUAAGGCAUUAUAAGCGCAAGCAUCCAGACCAAGUAGGCCUACUUGGACAGGAGGGCUACGUAUCAUCCCUGCAUAAGCAUGUGAGCGCAGUUUAUGACGCCAAUGAGCAAAAGAUGGGGGAAGAAGCUAGUGACAAUAUCAACGAUGGUGAGCAGAUCGUUAUUGACGGGAUGUCGUUGCCGAGGGAGGCAGCUGAAGCUUUGCAGAACCUGGCCCUAGGGACUGCGACCCAGAAGCAUUACGACAUCUUGAAGGAGAAGGGCCUCAUUCUACAAGAGCAACCUCAGGGUACCCUCAACGAAAGUAACAUCAUUGUGCCUCAGGACAGUUACAUUAACCCAGAUCAUGCCACGGUUGGGUCGGACCAUGAGGGAACAAUCAGCAUCUCUACAGAGCAGUUGGAGUCCACCUUUAGGGUGAUGCACAAUCCUGAUGGUUCCUUCACUGUGAAUGGCGUGCCUGUACUCCCUCAAGCACUGCAGGGACCGGAUGGCCAGAUAGUUAUACUGCAGAUUGUAGACCCAGGCAGCCAGAACACAGAACAGGCUAUCUUACAUGCUCAGAUGGGCAGUGUACCACUCUCAGAAGAGGAAACCCUGGUCUCAACAUCAAUUCAUGAAGACCAUGAGCAGGUUUUGACAGCUGAAGAAGAGGCAGACACAACGGAUCUGAGCAGUUCUGAUGGAUAUCAGCAGGUUGAUAUUGUAUCUGAUGUUACUCAUACUGAGGUUGACGAGGAAGUUGUACACUAUCCCAAAGUAACUGUUUCCACUAGUCAAGCUGAAAUUGCUACACUUGUUACAGAAAACGAAGUUCUGAUUACUGAAUAAAGAACCAUUUCUGCAGUUAUAUUUUAUUAUGUGAACAAGUUUACACCCUAGUUAUGCAUCGACAUUAAUCUGUAGAAGUGGUGUUUGUAUUCUUUAGUUAUAAGGAAGAUAAAUGCAUAUUUUAAAAUAAUCUAGUCUGUGAAGUAUUUCAUUCAAUGUGUAAUAAUUGUUGUUUGUUAUUUGUUAUUUGCUGACAAAUUUUUCUUUGUUUUUACAUGAUGGAUAAUGUUAAAUUAUAUUUUAACUGUUUAAAAUUAAGUACCUUAGCUCUCUGCUUUGAAAUCACUUUUAUGGAAAUAUCUCGAUCUGUAUCUCUGUAUUAACUUGCAUGUGCUGU